GUCAGCUUUCGACGAAAAUAGAGAGGGAUCGCCUGCAAAUCCCCAGCUCCCGCGGGACUAAACCUUGCAAUCCCUCCGGGGCCGGCUCCAAGCCAGGGCGCAGCGGCCUCCCCCACCUCCCCCGCGAACACACACCCGCAUACACGCGCACGCUCGCACACACUCUUCGUGCCGCCCCUGCCACCACCCUCCGCGCCCGCGCUCCGCUACUCGCAGCACCUGCGAGCCCCGCAACAAAUACAGGUGGCGGCGGCGGCGGCGCACCUCUCCUGCGAGCCCCCGCAGCACCGGGGGCGGCGCUCUCUCCGGGAAGCCACCCUCCUCGCCCCCAGAGCUCCCCGCCACGCGCUAGCGAGUGGAGCGGAAGGGAGCGCUGAACCGCGCGGAGGAGAGCAGAGCCGCGGCUUAGCGCCAGCAGGAGCCUCCUGCGCCCGUUACGCUAAAGGGCUUACCCAACGGGGGGGUGAAAGGGCGGGGAGAAGCUCCCCCUUAAAUACCACGCUCGGCCUCACUCGCGUGCUCACCCCCGCGCCUGCUCACUCCCUCGCCCGCUGCUGCCGGAUUGUGCCGAAGAGGAGGGGGCGUUCCCCAGACCAUGGCAUCCACGGAUGGUGCCAACAACAUGCCCAAGCAGGUCGAAGUGCGAAUGCACGACAGCCACCUCAGCUCGGAGGAGCCAAAGCACCGGAAUCUGGGGCUGCGGAUGUGUGACAAGCUGGGGAAGAACCUCCUGCUCACUCUGACGGUGUUUGGUGUCAUCCUAGGGGCAGUAUGUGGAGGGCUUCUUCGCUUGGCAUCUCCUAUCCCCCCGGAUGUGGUUAUGUUAAUAGCCUUCCCAGGGGACAUACUCAUGAGGAUGCUAAAAAUGCUGAUUCUCCCUCUAAUCAUCUCCAGCUUGAUCACAGGGUUGUCAGGCUUGGAUGCUAAAGCCAGUGGGCGCUUAGGCACGAGAGCCAUGGUGUAUUACAUGUCCACGACCAUCAUCGCCGCGGUCCUGGGGGUCAUCCUGGUCUUGGCUAUCCACCCAGGGAACCCCAAACUCAAGAAGCAGCUGGGGCCUGGGAUGAAGAAUGAUGAAGUGUCCAGCCUGGAUGCCUUUCUGGACCUUAUUCGAAAUCUCUUCCCGGAAAACCUUGUCCAAGCCUGCUUUCAACAGAUUCAAACAGUGACAAAGAAAGUCCUGGUGACACCUGAGUCAGAAGAGGAGGACAAUGUCACCAAUUCUGUCAUCCCCCUGUUGACAGAGGCUGCGACGGAGGCACCUGAGGAAAUGAAGGUGGUUAUCAAGAAGGGCCUGGAGUUCAAGGAUGGCAUGAAUGUCUUAGGUCUGAUAGGGUUUUUCAUUGCUUUUGGCAUCGCCAUGGGGAAGAUGGGAGAGCAGGCCAAGCUGAUGGUGGAAUUCUUCAACAUUCUGAAUGAGAUAGUAAUGAAGUUAGUGAUCAUGAUUAUGUGGUACUCUCCCCUGGGUAUUGCCUGCCUGAUCUGUGGGAAGAUCAUUGCAAUCAAGGACUUAGAAGUGGUUGCUCGGCAACUGGGGAUGUACAUGGUCACAGUGAUUGUAGGCCUCAUCAUCCAUGGGGGCAUUUUCCUCCCCUUGAUUUACUUUCUAGUGACCAGGAAAAACCCUUUCUCCUUUUUUGCUGGCAUUUUCCAAGCUUGGAUCACUGCUCUGGGGACCGCUUCCAGUGCUGGAACUUUGCCUGUCACCUUCCGUUGCCUGGAAGAAAAUCUAGGGAUUGAUAAACGCGUGACCAGAUUUGUCCUCCCAGUUGGAGCUACCAUUAACAUGGAUGGUACAGCCCUUUAUGAAGCAGUGGCCGCCAUCUUUAUUGCCCAAAUGAAUGGUGUUGUCCUGGAUGGAGGCCAGAUUGUGACUGUGAGCCUCACAGCCACGCUGGCGAGCGUCGGCGCAGCCAGUAUCCCCAGUGCUGGGCUGGUCACCAUGCUCCUCAUACUGACGGCCGUGGGCCUGCCGACGGAGGACAUCAGCCUGCUGGUGGCUGUGGACUGGCUGCUGGAUAGAAUGAGAACUUCAGUCAAUGUUGUGGGUGACUCUUUUGGGGCUGGGAUUGUCUAUCACCUCUCCAAGGCUGAGCUGGAUACCAUUGACUCCCAGCAUCGAGUGCAUGAAGAUAUUGAAAUGACCAAGACUCAGUCCAUUUAUGAUGACAUGAAGAACCACAGGGAAAGCAACUCUAAUCAAUGUGUCUAUGCCGCACACAACUCUGUCAUAGUAGAUGAGUGCAAGGUAACUCUGGCAGCCAACGGGAAGUCGGCAGACUGCAGUGUUGAAGAAGAACUUUGGAACGUGAAAAAUAAGGAUAUGACUCUCAGCAAAUUCUUGCAUAAACUCCCCAGCACAUCUUAUGGUAAAGAGGAUAUAAACAAGCUUUCUUUAAAAAGGAAAAAAAAAACCACGUCUAUUUCUAUGUUUACUUACUCUGUUAGCCGAGGCUUAGAAGAUCUGUUGUGAGUCUGUGAUAGGCAUGGUGCUGUGUCUUUGCCACAUAAUGCUUCGUAACCAUCUAAUUUUCUCACCUGUAUUGUUGUCUGAACGGAUGCUGCCGGAGGAACCAGUUUGAAUUGAAGACGCAUUCGUGCCAGCUUCCCCUUUCUCUCAAGAUGCAGAACCGUGGAUGCUCUUUUCCCAGGAGACACGACUAAAGCAGUGUGGUACACUCCAGGGGUGUGGGGUAAUGAGCAGACCCUCGGUGUGUUAUUCCUUCAAGUGUUCUCCGUGCUUCCCCUUGGUACACACACAAGAUGCUGUUAGAAGCCUUUAGAAGUAACUCUCCUUAAAUGUCUCGUAGAGUUCGCCCAUGUGUUGGUAAAACCAAGUACCUAUCUUCGGGAACUGUGACCAUUUAUCUUCUGUGUACUCUUUUAGCUAAAAGUUUCUAAGGGAGUUGUGGUGGGGGCCACACUCUGAAAGAGCUGAUUGUGGAACCCAUUGAGUCUCUGCUCGACCCUGUCUAGUCUGUGGAAAUUUAUUAUUGAUAAUUCAGAGUAUGUUUCAUAAUUGGCUCUAAACUUAAUCAUGGAAUUGAAUGUAAUUCACAUAUAACCACUGUAUAUAUUGACAAAAGUAAGGGUGCACAGUCAACAUAAAUUUGACUAGAUUCAAAUAUUCAAAUUUGUUUAUGUUUGGUUUGCAUUCACCCGGCAUCGUGAAAUCAUGUGACAUUAUUUUGAUCUCUGCUUCUCUUUUUUGUUUCAUCCAUAAAAUUCAUGUUGAGUUUCAAACAAAGACAUUUUUGAUCUCCUAAUUAUUUCAAUCAUAUUCUCAUCCAACUAGCCAUUUUACUCUCCUUACAUGGAGAACAGUUGUGUUGGCUGUGCCUCUUUGUAAUACUGUUUCUUGAUAAAAACUAAAGACUGUCAUUUAUCUAAUAUGUAGAAAGCUUUAGUUAUAUAAUAUCAAAGCACAAAAAGCCGAUAACAGGACACAGUUUGAAGCAGAGCCAACCUUCCUCCCUAGGCUUCUCUGUGGAUAGGACCAGAAAACAAACAUGUGCAAAGUCCUGGAAAGGUGACAUUCCUAUCGCAAGGUCAAGGCAGCCGUGAAACCAUGAAGUGGGGACAAAAGAUGGCUCUACACAGCUCACAGAUGAAAACCGUUCAAGGCUGUGAUCAUUUAGGGGAAUAAAUAAUAGAAUUGGAGUAGCACCAGGUGUUUCAUGCUGUAGACACCCAACGAAUCCUGAAUGAUUGCUUAGGCAAGCUACAUUUUCAGUGUCUUUACUCCCAUUUUCUAUUGAAUAAUCCACAGGGUUUCCCUGAGGUUGUGGCCUUUGGGAGUUUGCUGGGAAUUUGAACAUGAAUCAUUGAGAAAUAAAGCACAUUUGACUCUUAGGAGUCUAUAGAACCAUGGUCCACGCAUGGGAGUCAGGUGGUCAUCUGAGGCCAGCAGGUGGAUGCUGAGAUAUUCAUGAAUAGUCAUAGGGUUCAGAUUCUCUAAGGAGGGGAUGUUUAUCAACAUCACAUAGCCUUUACCACCGACUCCUUGAGACUUUUCCAAAUCAGACACCUUUGGGACAUACAAGAUAAUGAGAUUCCAAUUGUGUUUUGUCUUUUAAAAUCCUGGUUAUUUUUGGAUAAGGAUCACUAAUGAGCAGUAUUAAGCAGAUUUUUUUGCUCUUUUAAGAAAGGGCGUUGGUCUUCAUUUUCACUAGAUGGAUAGUUAACGGGGUGACCAGGAUGUGCUGAAAUGAAGUUGUGCAAAAUAAAUCCUUUUAACAGAUACUGUGGCCCCGGGGACAGUUCCUAGAUUCAGCUGGGAAACUGCGCAGGGCUGUCUGUAAGUGGUGCUCCCGAGAGCUUCUUUAUGGUGAGGAGAAGGAUCUAGGCGAGGCAUGUAGGAGCUUGUGGUUUGGGCUGUUGAGGGUCAGCUUAGCACUUGGGCACGCUGACGUGUUUCUUGAAGGAGUGGUCUCAGGAUCAUCUUCCCAAGACUCUGCCUGAACGUCUUCGCAGUUUGCUUUGUCUUCAGCUUUUUCCUACUGACUCAGCUUGUAAAUAUAGAAGGGGACAGUGCAUUCAGAAGAAACAAAGUGCACAGUUUAACAAAGCAGGUUUUUCUGGUUUGAGACUGCAGUAAGUUCCAUGAGAAUAUACUUAGGAGAUCACACUUAUGUGGAUUUAACUGAUCAUUAUUACAAAUAAACACUUUCUCAGAUGCAAGACAAGUCUGAAAAUCCAGGAUGCAUGUAGAGCUGACAUAUGACUGUGUCCUCUCAUUUUUUUAGGCCUCAUUCUUCUCAUGCCGUGCCCAUUGGGCUUUCCUUGCCCAGUAUAUGUGCCAUAAACAGAACAAAUAGACCCAGAUUAUACCUCUAAUACCUUUUUCUAAACAGGAUAUGUAUGAUCUGUCAGUUAUAUGCAUAGAUUUAUAUUAAUAGGUCAACACAUAUGUAAAUGCUUGUAAUCAUCCAUUAAUAUUUGAUGAUGCAUAAGUGUUCUAUUUAUGUAGAGACGUGGCAGGCCAGAUACAUACACUGCAUCCUGUAAAGUCUGAAAUUCAAGGCUUUGUCAACACUAUUCUGUUAUAGACUCAUUCGUUCUUUUUAGGAAUCCGAAUUGUUUCAGAAGAAAACCAACUAAGCAGACUGUAGUCCUUCCCUAUCUCAUUUUGGCCUAUUGGAAAACCCAAGUGGAAUCAUCAUUAGAUUACCUACUUACAAUUCAAGAGACUAAAUCCAGUCAGUGAGAAGAAUGGCUUAUCUCUCAAGGUGAGGUUUUAUUUUAGAUCUUUGAGGGUGUGCUUCCCUUGCAAAGAACAUCAGAGAAUCAAGGCAAUCAUCUAGGUCACAUAGAUCCUCUGUAUAGGAUUCAGGUGAUGAUAUCUGAAGCAGGUAGCUAUCAGACUCAAUUCUUUACUUCCUAUUCACUGUGGAAACACAGCCUAUAAUCUCAUUUCCUACAGAAGCUACCGUGUCCUGUAUAAGGAAAAUGUUUCUCUUUUCUACCUGCUAGUUAGCCUGGAUGUUCGUGAAAGCCUAAAGGAUACCAAAAUGCCUAGCUCCUGGAUUUAGACUGCUGGGAAGCUGAGAAGGACUUAGGAAAAAUACAGUUCUUGAGCGAUGUACUCCUGGUGGGUAACGCCAGGAAACCCAUGAGCCGUUGAUUGGAGGGUCUCAGGUCAUUUCCACCAUGCAUGGAGAAGUAUGUCAUUUUUAAGUGUCUUGAAAGUCAAGAAGCCCUUUCAGAGUUGGGUGACUCAUCUGCUGGGUCUCCGAAAGGAAACUCAAUCCUGCCAUGUUUUGACAAAUACCACGCUUCCCUGUGUUCUCAAUAGCAGAAGUUAUGGUACAAUAUUUCCCUUUGAUCAGAAUCAAGGCUUCUGCCUGUGCCAUAUUUUCCCAUGAAAUCCCAAUAGGUAUGCACCAGCUCAGAGAGAGUUCUCCGCAGUUCAGACUCUGCUCAACAAGUCUCAGCAGCUCUUGCCUGAGUUGAUGACUAAAAGCUCCCAGCAGUUACACCCUGUGGAGGAAGGUAGCUCUCCUACUUCCUGCUCUUAAACUCUCAGGGCCAGGCAGUUGUCUGGGUUGCUGGUUUUGCUUUGCUUAUUCCCCCAGUGAAUUCAUUCCAAGACAAGAAAAAGGACCAAAUGGGAUUUUGCAGUUAUUGUAAUGCUUGUUCUUUGAAUACGAAUAGUGGGACCUGGGAGCCUAGGAAGAUUAGGUUGAAACAAAGAGCUUGAAGGGAUUCUGAAGUGAGAGUUUUAUAAAUCUAGUUGUCAGAGAAGAUUAGUGGUCUCUGUAUCUGUGGUAAUUCCUGAUAAAACCUAGAAGAAAGGCCACUGUGUGCCAACCUCGGCAGGUUGCACUCUAGUCAGAUUGUUCUUGGAUGGAGUGAGUUCAAACCUCUUCAUGCAACAUUUGCUUUGUUAUUUUCCCGAAAAGGAAAACCCAAUUCCCCACUCUUCCUCCUCCUUUCUUUUUAUUCCACUUACCAGUGCUGCUGCUUAAGAGACAGUUUUGUAAACGACCAUACAAGUUGAGUGCAAAGGUUGGUUUUAGAAUAGAUGACAGGGAAUCUUAAUUGAAUAGUAUCUAAUUUCAUAGCAUAACACGGUUAAUUCAGAUAAUGGCAUAGGGAUGGUGAGAAAUAAUGCAAUUGGGUAGAGGAAAAAUUUGACUUAGACCCUGUCAGUGUUUAGCUGUAUAACUUAGACAACUCACUUUAUACCCAAGCUUCAUUCCUUCCCAUAUGUAAAGGCAAGGGGUUGGAAAAAAUGAUUAACCCUCCCCCCCCUUGCAGUCCUAAGAAUCCAUGAUAUUAUGAUCUCUGCUUUAACUUUUUCUUUCCUACCUUACUACUAUAAAAUAUUCCUUUAUAUUUUUAAGUCAAAAGGGCCCACAAUAAUGACUAAUCACUUUGGAUUUUUCUCAUCCCCUUUGGGGGAAAUUAAAUUCAAGCCUCUGUCUUCAUUUGAUGUUUAACAACAAGCUUGGAAGAUGGCCAUGUCAAUCCACUGUUUGGUGUCUUGGGACGCAGACAUACUUUUAUACAACUGCUCUUUGCCUCAAUUCACUGUCCUAGUAGAAGCAGCGAUUCAGCUCAGGGAAAAAUGCUGCCAGAGUCACCUGGAGGGGACUGCAUGAGUCUACAGCCUUACUCAAGCUCUUGCAUCAUUCUUGCUGUAGCAACACAGCCACUUGGAAUACCCAAAACACACAGUUUUCUCCAAACAGUCCUAAUUGCCAACCCAGUAUGGGAAUUUGGGAGCCUUUGGCAAACAAACUUGAGCACUCUUAUGAAAUUUGGUGCAAGACGUACACAAUAACAGCAGCUGUCUGUAAAUACCUUCCCUCUCCGCCUGUACGCAGACAUGCAGCUCCAUAUGGGUGAGCCCGGACCAAGUCCUUUCUCUGGGGAGAUAUACAGGGAUAUUUGAUUGAAUUCAUUUUCCAAUUUUCCUCUUGGUUUGUUUUCAUUGUGGGCAUCACAUCACAGGUAGAGAGGCUCUACCAGACAAGAAUGGAGUUGUGCUGGCUAUUGCUGCCUUCUUCAAUGCCUGAGGAGUUUCUAGGCUGGAUAGAAUGCAUGGGCUGUCUGCAAGGGGCAUGCCACCAGCUGUGGCCUUUGAACAACCUUUUGUACUUUCUGCUACUGCUGCAAUGGGCCACUGCAUGCAUCCCUGCUCUUUGUCCAAACUUCUGCUAAAUACAGAAUGGGUUUGGUAUUUAUGGUUUUGUGAGUACCUUUACUUCCAGAGAAGACUUCAGCUCUUUAGAUUUGGGGGAGCAAGAUAUAAAGCUAGGACUGAAAGGAUUGGGUUGCCUUUUUUUUUUUUUUUUUUUUUUAAUUUUUAGUGCAAAAGACCUGCAAAAGCAGCAAGAAAAAGACUACUUCUUAGCUGACCCAUAUAUGAACUUAUAGGAAAGAAGAGAAGACUCCAAGUUCUUAUCUCAUUCACUCUAAAUAAUAUCCUGAAUAAUUACUGGUCAGUUUUCUUUCCUAUGUCCAGCCUUGCUUCACCUUCCUACCUCUGGACCAAGUAUCCAUUGUGAUAUUUUAAAAGUUUUCCUGAUUGUUAUAUAGGGCCCUUUUGUGCUGAGAAUAAAACCUGCCACUGUUUUGCAGAGAAUAAAAUAGACCCCACUGCUUUGCAGAGCCAGCACUUGACCUAGAGUGGUGGUAGCCACAAGUCUCCAGUUCUUCUGGAGACACCCCCACGUCCUGGGUGAGUGUUGGAACGUAACAGCUGACUGCUAUCCUUGUCACCAUCCCCUGUGGAUAUGGGGAUGAUGCAGUUAGCACCUGGCUUCAUCUGGGCCUCCAUUUCUUCUCAUGGCAACCAUUGAGCCUGCCUCGAAACAGCCUGCUGCAUUCGGUAGGAGAGAAAUUCACACACUAGCCAAGGAAGUUGAUCUAGCAUGUCUCUGAGGUUUCUCGUGGAAUGAACUCUCUGAGAUGUAAGAUCAAAAAGAUUAAUGCUUCAGGAGAGUUAUAUUCCUUGCUCGGAACUCAUCUAGAUCUUUCCACACAUCACCUUAACUCCUUUCUCCUUCUCCUGGUAAACCCCAGCAUUGUAUCUCCCUGUUGCACAGCACAGAUCAGAUUAUCUGGUCACUAUAGAGAUUUGUAUAUAAAAAAACUACUUUUGUGAGGAUUUUUGUAUAUUGUUUUUCUAUUUGUUUUCUACAGCUUGAGGAGAGAGCUGGCAAACUGUGAAUCUAAUUUGAUUUUGCUGCCAGCAGAUAUAUUUUGGCUUCCCGGUAAGAAUCUAUGUUCCCAGGGACAAUCAUUUGCCCUCUGAUCAGUAUUGCACCCAAGCUCACAUAUUUCUUCAGCCCAAUCUUACAUUCUUUUUAAAACAAAUCCCUGGGCUUCUUUGCGAUUAUUUAUAAAAAGCACGAGAAAAUGUAUUUAUAGUCCUGGAUGUUAUAUGUUUAAUAUUGAUUUAGCCUUGAAUAAUGUUAUAGGCUUGUAUCUAUUCUUCAUAAAUCAUAAAGAACUCAGUGUAGACUGAUUUACUCUAUUUAGUAUCUGUAAUUUUGCAGACGGAUAUUUUUCUUACAGUAUUUUCUAUAUAACCACAUACAUAGAAUUAUUACCAAUUAGAGCACAAGGAGUUUCUACAGUAAUUUAGAGCUAUCAGUUGUUUCCUGAGCACACAGCCACAUUUGAAAACUGUGAGAACCCAGUCCUUUGUGAUGCAAUGAACAAAAUGACCAUGAAGAACAAGGAAUCACUUAAAUUCCUUAGCUGGUUAGCACAUACACUUAAGCGAUUUGUCUUUUUAACUCAACGAAUGGUGCUGGUUUCUUAUUUUUGACACCAGGUCUUGUUUUUCCAGCCAGACAUUCUAAUUUUGCUUUUCUCCAAGAAGAUGGAAAAUAAGGUGAUAAUAGUAGGAUCAAUUUCUAUAUCAGAAUCUCCCAUGCCAUCCUAAUAAUUUAUGUAAAAAUUGGUGUGGAAAACUUUGAAUAGCAGAGGUUGAGAGAGAGUGCUAGGAAGCAAAUCAGAAAAGAUUUGUCACAGUUCAUUCUUGCCAAGCAAAUUGAUAGUAAAUGUCACAUUGUUAUAUGAAUUGAGCAUAUAUUUAAAAAAAAAAAAAAAAACAUUAUUAACACCAGCUAUGAAGCAGUACUCUACCACUGGGGCUGGAGGUGGGGACUUAAAGUCACACUGACAUUGUUUAGAAGCAGCCCAGGUAAAUUCUGUCCUCAGGUGAGUAACAAUCUAUGUCAUUUCCCCAAAAGGCAAAUCAAUAGCCACCUCAAAGAUAAGAGGAGUCCUUCUUCUGCCAAACACACUUUCUGAUAUGGUUGUAGGGCUAGUAUUUUUGCCAUGUUUUAAGACAUACUUGGUUACAUAAAAAGUGUACUGGGAUGUAUUUGAACCUUCUCCUCAUUAAGCAAAUAAAUUAGAAGUUCCCUCAACUGGCAAUGAUGGUAUCUGUGAUUUUCAAGUACAGAUAGCUGUCAAAGCAUGAAGUUCUUGUGUAUAAACGGUAACACUUGGUUCACGCAUGAAGAACAGUGCCUAAGCACUUGUGUAGCUAUGAUGUAGGUAUCUAUGUGUAAUUUCAGUGAAAUGGUGCAUAGAUGUAAUUUAAUUUAAAUGUUAUUUUUGGCUGUUCAUCUAAAUGUAGUAGACUUGUUCAUUGGUGUUUUGAAAUCUCUUUUUUUCCUUCUUAGAUAACUAGUAGUGAAUCAUUUCUUCUUUUAAUGUGAUUUGGGGAUGUAUAUCAGUGAAGAACUUAUCUAUCAAUCCUUUGGGCUGAUGAUUGUUUGAAAGUCUGCGUGUGUCCAGUAUCUUUGUAAAUAUGCAAUUCAGAGCAAGGGAGGGUUGGAUGUGGGUCAUGAUUCUCACUGAAAGGUCAUUUGACAUGGGUAUAAUGCACGGCAAAUGCAACUGUGAAACUUUUGAUCGUCUAGGCUUAAGUAGGUUUAGAAUGAGGACAUUUAUCUGUCGCCCUCCUCGGCUUGGUGGAGUGGACUUAGAGAGAUAAAAAGUGAAUGUGCUUCUGUGCAUGUUAGCAUCAUGUCCUUAGGUAAGUGUCUGCCUCUCUGAUUGCCAAAUACUGAUCAUGACGCUCAUUCAUGAUGAAGGUUCUAAAGAGUCUUGCCCCACUUGGUUUCUUGAGUCAGGGUACAGGAAAGAUGAUUGACUAACUACCAUGCAGUCUAAACCCCACAAAAGCACAGUUCUAGUAGUACACUGCACAGGUGUCUGUAGAAAGAUAGAGCACUAGCAGCUCAGGAAUGGUCAGUGUACAGCUUUGAGGUUGCUGAAAGGCAACUGAUAAAGCACAGAUCCCACUUAUGUGAAGAGAGUAUGAACUCUAACUAAUAGGCUCUGUGUGUAUGUUUUGAGUGAUUGAAGAUGAGAUUAACUGAUGUAAUUACACACUUACCUCCUAAAACACACAUUCUGUCUCCUUAUCACUAAAUAGAAUGCUGUGGGGUCUAUAGUUCCUGUAACCCCUUUCUUCUCUGCAAGGACAGAGAAGAAUGGCGAUGUGUAGUUGGAAACACUGAGUGCUCCUCUCUUUUCACAAGAGGAGCAAAGCCUAAAGGAUCCCCUGAGGGCACAAAGCACAUUAAUUUUCAGUGGCUUCUCCAAUGAUUGGAUUGAGGGGAGAUUAUGGUGGGCAGCCACAUUUUUCCUUGAAAGUAUGGCUGCUUCAACUCCUGUCAAAUUCAAGGUGGAAACCUUACUGAAAUAAAGCUAGUCUGUAGGCAGGAUUUUCUCUGAAGAUUCUUGUGUGUCCAGAACAAGAUACAAGAAUAAUUGCUUCCUUCACAUUCACAAUCCCCAUCGGUCUAAAGUCAUGUAGCAUAGAGCAUCUAUAGUACAUAGUGUUUAAAGACUAAUGAAUGAAAAAAUAUAAAAACUUCAACUAAUUUUUUGGGUUUCUUAUACAUGGUACUUGGAAAUGCCUUACUGGCAAAGCAUAUUUUGGGUAGUUGAGAUCUUUUGUUUUCACCUUUAGCUUUCUGAGCUUUCUUACAAUGUAGACUGAUUACUGUAACAUUUCAUGUGUAAAAUAACUGGAUAUUCUUUAUAUACUGGAAAUAAUCUGUGAAUCCAAUAUUUCACUAAGUGUUUUAACUUUUGUGUAUAUAUCUCUCAUCAAUAAAUGGAUUUCAGUUUC